GUGACGAGUUUAACAUGGCGCUGCCCUGACAGCCAUGCUGCGUGUAUAUUUUCAUUUUCAUUUUCUGUGUUGCAGUAAUUACAUUUAGCGAACGUAAACGUCGCGGGCUUUAUCGUCAGUUAAUACUCUAACUGCCCUUUGAAAUGCUGCGUUCUUCACUUGUGCAAAAGAUAACUGCAGUGCAACGUGGCCGUUCUGAGAGCUAAUUGGCUAACUUGCAGUCUGUGUCGAGGCUCCAAGGCUGUGGUUGUGGUUAUAACAUAACGUGGUCAUGUAUGUAACCGUUACAUGUUAACGUGCGAAAUGCUUACAGAUGCGCGAGGAAUAAAGCGGUAACUUACACGGACAUCGUCACCGGCGUUGAAGCAGCACGCGCCUAACUGCCCUGCCUCCUCGAGCUCCGGCGCCGCUCUGCACCUGCACAAUGACGCGCGGACUGAGCAGAGUGUGCAUCGCCUAUGUGAGGCCACGGAGACUUAACGUCCAGCGCGCUGCUGGCGGAGCGCCUCCACGAGUUUGCGCGUGUGACCUGAAGGCUUUUGGAACGGAUCCUAAAGGCCCCGGCGAGCACGAGAGCGGUACAGAGGCGCCAGGCGCUCGUGCGCUCUCGCGGCGACCUUCGGCGGGAGCUCCUCUCACGAGGAGACGGGGCCCCUUGUCUCCCUUAGAGCGCGUGAGCCAGCUGUUAGGCCAGGAGGUGUUGACACCGAGACGGAACGAGCCUGUUCCCAGACAAGAGGAUGGAGAACAUGUGGGACAGCCAGACGCUCAGAGGGACGACGGAGCUGCGGCGCUCGGAGAGGAGCCCGAGGAGCAGGGCCACAGGGCAGGGGAGAUGGACGCACGAGCCCCGCCUCGGGUCCUCCUGCCCGGGGAGCGCGCCAUGCGCUUUGGGGAGGUGCUGAUGGCAGAGUACCGGCGCUCGCGAAGGCAGGAGUUCUACAAGAUGUUCCAGCUCCGGGAAGGACUUAAGAUGGAUAGUAAAUGGGGUGCAAUACCCCAUGAGGCCAUCGAGGGGCGCCCUGCUGGGACGUUCGUCUGCACGAGCAUUGGGCUGCGUAUGCUUAUUCGUAGACCCACUCUGGAGGAGUUCACGCUGUUCAUGAGAAGAGGCCCUGCCAUCUCGUAUCCUAAAGACGCCAGUACCAUGCUGCUGAUGAUGGAUGUGACCGAGGGAGACUGUGUGCUGGAGUCAGGCUCUGGGUCCGGAGCCAUGAGUCUCUUCCUGUCCAGAGCAGUGGCCUCUAAGGGCAACGUGCUGAGUGUUGAGGUGAGAGAGGACCAUCACCGACACUCCAAGCUGAACUACCAGCGCUGGCGCUCUGCUUGGAGGCUGCGCAGUGGGGAAGAAUGGCCUGAUAACGUCCACUUUCACCAUGGCGACCUUAUCACCUCUGCACCCUUGCUUGAUGGGUGGAGCUUCAAUUCAAUUGCUCUGGAUAUGCUCACCCCCCAUUUGGCACUGCCUACAGCAGUUCCUUACCUUCAUAACGGAGGUGUGUGUGCUGUCUACUUGGCUAACAUUACUCAGAUCAUUGACUUACUGGAGGGGCUGAGAUGCUCCACCCUUCCACUGGUGUGUGAACGCAUCAUAGAGGUCCAGUACAGGGAUUGGUUGGUGGCCCCGUCAUUAAAAAAAGACGGCUCCUUCCACACGCGUAAAGCUCCAAGUGAAGAAACCAUCGAGUGUGAGGAGGGUGACUCAAAUGACGAAGAACAUGAGGGGCCGGCUGGUGCAAUGCACACUCCAUUUGGGAGCGUACCAUACAUCGCUCGUCCUCAUCCAGAGCAGUUCAGACACACAGCCUUCCUUGUGAAAUUACGGAAAGUCUUGAAAUAGACGCACCACUCCAUCAUCUCAUGACCUUGACUACCUGUGCCAAGACCACAUGCAGGUCUACGUGUACAAGUUAUGUUUUUGUCCUUUUCCAAUAAAGCUAUGCAACAGAACAGAAAAACUAAAUAAACAGAAACAAAUAAAAUAUUGAAAAAAAAAGGCUGUUCACUGUAAAUACCAGAAGCAUUGAAUGAGAAAUCAAGAACGCCCUGUAACCAGAGUUGAGGGUUUAUUGACGUUUUAACAGUGUGCUUGUUUCAGAAUGCUGUCAGCCUUUUAAAUGAUCAGAAAGGUGCGAAGCAGGAACAUUUUGUGCCACACAGAAGCAUAAAAGCAUUUCAUAAACAGGCAAUAAAUAGUGAUGGAGAUGUGAUGUAGGACAAACCAUAGCU